CCUCGAAACUCACCGCAACUUGCACCCACUCUUUCCACUGAAAGUCAUAGCAACGAGCGGAAAUCCGUGAAAAUGGCGAGCAAACCUGAAGAGCCCUCAACUUCUCACUCAGACGCUGCGGUUGCGCCUGUUGAGAAACAAUCCGAAGCACCAAACAGCGCCUCAACGCCCCAAGCUCCCGUGACCGAGAAGCCAACGGCCCUUCCCGCAGAUCCUAGCGAGCAACCCAAUGGCGACAAACUUCCAGAACCCAAGACGGACGAGGCCACUGCAGCUGCUGCGCCCAUUCCCGCCCCAGCCCCCGCAGCUUCUGCAGGAGACGCCAAAUCCUCUCCUGCUAGCCCAUCGUGGCCGGAGACUCCUGCGGAGCACCCUCUCACCAAGUUCUUUGGCCAGAUCGAAGCUCUGACCAAAGAAGCCGCUCAUAACGAAGUAUAUGGAGUCACACUCUCGCCCACCGACGAGUUUCACACGAAGCUUAUCCUGCAGAAGUUCCUGCGCGCCAAUCAGAAUGACCUUGACAAGGCUAAGCAACAGCUCUUGGAUACACUUAAAUGGCGUAAAGAAUUCGACCCGACCAAAGCUGCUGGUGAGACGUUCGAGAAGCACAGCUUCGAGGGACUAGGCUGGGUCAUCCAGGUCGAAGGUGUGCCAGAGAGCACGAACAAGAGCGAUGUGGUUACCUUCAACAUCUACGGGGCAGUGAAGGACAACAAGAAGACUUUUGGCGACCUCGACGCCUUCCUGCGCUGGCGUGUCGGCCUCAUGGAGCGGUCAGUCCAGCAUCUCAACCUCUCAUCAGCCACCCAGCCUAUCCCCGAUUUUGGCGCAGGUCCCGACCCCUACCAAGGCAUCCAAGUGCACGACUAUCUCCAAGUUUCCUUCCUCAGGCAAGACCCGCUUGUCAAGACUGCAACGAAGAAGACUAUCGAGGUGCUCGGCCGCUACUAUCCCGAGACACUGUCGCGCAAGUUUUUCGUCAAUGUGCCGCUCGUUAUGGGCUGGGUGUACCAGGCUGCCAAAAUGAUUGUAAGCAAGGAGACAGCGAAGAAAUUCACUGUGCUGAGCUACGGGAAUGCGCUGGCUGGCGAGCUAGGGAAGGGGCUGCCGAAGGAGUAUGGCGGUGAGAAGGGCGCAUUGAGCGAGAUUGGAGAGGGGAUGAAGCUCGAGGGCUGAGGCAGUCAUGCAUCCAAAGGAGAGAGAUGAUUUGCCCAGAUUGACAGCAUUAUAGUGGGAGGUGGAAGUUGUGAAUCGUAAUGGCAGGGGAUCUUGGGUGCUUUAGCAGCGUUGAUAUUUGCACGCCACCGUACAUAUACCCCAGUCAUUCGUACUAUGGAUUGGAACGCAUUUCCCAGAACACACCUCAAUGCUGUGAUAGUGCAUUCACUCGCAAGGCACAUCGGCAGUUGAUGUGUACGUCACUGACUCUUGCAACCCGAACAGCUUUUGAGUCGAAGGGAUGGCCGGCAUACAGUGUAUUCUCUGCC